UCUCUUUCUCAUCGAGUCAAAUUUGUUCGUGAUAUAAUUCGCGAAGUUGCAGGAUAUGCUCCUUAUGAGAAACGUGUAAUGGAAUUGUUGAAAAAUUCCAAGGAUAAGCGUGCAAGAAAAUUGGCAAAGAAGAGACUUGGUACCUUUGUUAGAGCCAAAAGAAAAGUUGAGGAACUCAGCAACAUUAUCGCUGAAUCUCGUCGUGCUCAUUAA